AUGUCGACUGGUCAACAAACCCGCCUCGGCGGCCCCUCAGUCGCGAGGACGCACCCGAUCGGGUCCCCGAAAGAUCGUCCCCCGCGGGAGGAGCCCCGAGGGGGAGGUCUCGCUGCGACUUCGGAGCAAUACUGGCGCCUGUUCAAUGACCCGGGCUUGUCGCCGCCCGACACCACUAUCGUCCCCCCAUCGAUUUCCCCCGAGGCCUUCCACGACCUUGCCCACCAGGUGAGGACACUGGCGGGCGUGGUGCAAGCCAUUGUUCCGCUCAUCCCCCAGCCGGCGCCCCCGCAAACGAACCUGCAUCAACGGGAGCCCGCCCCUCGGGAGCCUGCACCUCCCCCCGGGCCUCCGUCGCCCCGAAACCAAGCGACCCGCCUCGGCGACCGGGACACCGCGGGCACGUCGAGCCGCCCCGAGCCCGAGUGGCCACCCGCAAACUCAACCCACACCUUGCAGGCGCAGCUGCAUCUUUUUAAUCAACGUUUGAACGAGGUACAACAAGAAGUUCGCAGGUCGAAAGGAGAACCCGGGACGGACGGAUACCAAGGAUCCCCGUUCGCGCCCGAAAUACAAGAUCAGGCCAUCCCGCCGCACUUUCGGCUUCCAUCCCUAGACACCUACAACGGCGACGCCGAUCCCGCGGAGCACGUAGCCGCGUUUCGCGCCCAAAUGGCGUUGUACGGAACUUCUGACGCCCUGAUGUGCAGGGCGUUCCCGACGACUUUGAGGGGACCGGCCCGCGCAUGGUACGGUAGCCUCAAGGCAGGAACCAUUUUUUCCUUCGACCAGCUCGCCCGGGACUUUGAGCUCAACUUCCUUGCCUACGCCCGUCCGAAGCCGUCCGCGGCGCUACUCCUCGGACUCAACCAAGGGGAAGAUGAGUCCCUUUCCCACUUCUUGGACCGUUUCACGACGCAGAUCCGAGGGCUCUCGGACGCUCAUCCUUCCCUAUUGAUGCAGGCAUUCAUGAUAGGCUUACGGCCCUCCAGGUUCUUCUGGUCCCUGGUAGAGAGACCCCCCACAACUGUGCCAGAGAUGCUUCAACGGGCGAGCCAAUUCGUCGCGGCAGAGACGUGGAUGGCCGGGAGACCCAGGGAACACAGGGGGACCAAAUCAGAGCCGCCUCGACAGCAACAGCCACCAACAUUCCGGCGCAGGUCGGACAGAUCUGACCCAACGGCUCCGAGGCCCCCCCUACCAGCCUUGAAUGCAUCUCAAACAGACAUAUUCCUUCAUAUAAGGGGAAAAGGUUUGCUCAAAGAACCCUACCCGAUGAGCGACCCCCGGGCGCUGGAAGAUCAAUCCAAAUACUGCCGCUUCCACCGGCAACGCGGGCACGACACUGAACAAUGCCGGGAGUUGAAAAGACAGAUCGAGGAACUCAUACGCAGGGGGCACCUCGGUCAGUAUCUCCACCCGGACAAAGAAUCCUCUCCCCGCCCGGAAGGACCCGUCGAGCGACGUAUCGACGUGAUAUCAGGCGGCCCCGCAUCCGGUGGAGACUCCAUGGCCCGCAAGAAGGCGUAUGCCCGAGCCACCUCAGCUGAGCCUCCCAGACACGCGCCCGGACCCAGUGUCACCUUCCCGGCCAGGGCGUAUGAACAGGCCGAACACGAUGAUGCACUCGUGAUAUCGGCUAGGAUCGCCAACGCGCGGGUACAAAGGAUCAUGGUCGACACCGGAAGCUCGGCCGAUAUACUAUACUACGACGCCUACGUGAAGCUCGGCCUACCCAGAGAUGGCAUGAAGCCGGUGUCCUCGGCGCUCACCGGCUUCACCGGUGACUCAGUCUCGCCGCUGGGGGCGGUUACUUUGCCCCUGACCCUGGGAGUCCCGCCAAAGUCAAAGACAACAAUGACCACCUUCCUGGUCAUCGACCUCCCCGCCGCUUACAACGCCAUCCUCGGUCGGCCGACACUCAACAAAAUUAGAGCUGUCGUCUCGACCUACUAUCAGACUGUGAAGUUCCCGACCUCGGCAGGAACUGGCGAAACUGCGGGAAGCCCUCGAGAAUCCCGGCGCUGUUACUUGACCGCCGUCUCGCUACCUAAGAGGCCCAGAGUCGAACCACCAUUGGCGGACCCCCGAGAGAGGCAGAGGUCGACCCCCCAUGUCGAGCCGCAGGGAACCACGGUCACUGUGUCGCUGCAAGGACGCCCGGAACGGGCGGUUAGGGUCGGGUCAGAGCUGCCCAAACACGAACGAGAACGACUCGUCGGCCUCCUGCAAGAAAAUACUGAUGUCUUCGCUUGGUCACCCUCUGACAUGACAGGCCUCGACCCAGAGGUCGCCCUACAUCGCCUCAGCAUCUCCUCCGACGCACGUCCGGUACAACAAAAGCUGAGGCGGCAAGCCCCUGAACGACAGACGGCCAUACGGGAAGAAGUAACUCGCCUCUUGAAGGCAGGCUUCAUAAAAGAAGCCGGAUACCCGCAAUGGCUAUCCAAUGUAGUUCUUGUCAAGAAGGCAAAUGGAAGCUGGAGGAUGUGCGUUGACUACACAAGCCUUAAUAAGGCAUGCCCAAAGGACUGCUAUCCUCUACCAAGGGUCGACCAGCUGGUUGACGCCACGGCAGGCUACGCCCGCCUGUCAUUUAUGGACGCCUUCUCGGGCUAUAAUCAGAUCGGGAUGGCACCUGAAGAUCAAGAACACACGGCCUUCAUUACCGACCAGGGGGUCUACUUCUAUAAGGUCAUGCCCUUUGGACUGAAAAAUGCCGGCGCGACAUACCAAAGGGCAGCGAACAAGAUAUUCGCCCGCCAGAUCGGUCGAAACAUGGAGGUGUACGUCGACGACAUGAUCGUAAAAAGCCAAGAAGCCGGGACUCAUUUGGCUGAUUUAGCCGAAGCCUUCGCUACACUCCGCCAGGUUGGCAUGCGGCUCAACCCCGCGAAAUGCGCCUUCGGCGUCACGUCAGGAAAAUUCCUCGGAUUCAUCGUGCAUGAAAGAGGGAUCGAUGCCGACCCAGAGAAGCUCCGGGCAAUCAUCAACAUACAAUCGCCCCGGACUACUAAGGACCUGCAGCGCCUCAACGGGAAACUCGUCGCCAUGUCCCGAUUCCUCGCCCGCUCGGGGGAUCGCUGUUUCCCCUUCUUCAAGGCACUGCAGAACCCGAAAGGCUUCCAAUGGACGACGGAAUGUGAGGAAGCCCUCCAGCAAGUGAAAAAACACCUGGCCAACCUCCCUCGGCUCACCUCAGUCUCUCCUGGCGAGAAACUGAGCAUCUACCUGGCUGCCUCCCUGCACGCAGUGAGCUCCGUCCUGGUCAAAGAAAGCUCAAGUGGCCAACUCCCGGUCUACUACAUGAGCCACGUCCUCAACGGCCCGGAGGAGCGAUACCCCCCGAUCGAGAAGCUGGCGCUCGCCCUUGUGCUAUCCGCCCGGAAAUUACGCCCCUAUUUCCAAGCCCACCCCGUGGAGGUAGUUACGGACCAACCACUUCGGCUGGUCCUGUCACGCCCCUAA